GUCACUCAAUUAGUGUGGUCUAGUCAAAAUGGCGGACCUCAUGUAGGGGUCGAGUGUGAUUACCUUAGCUAAUUCUACCACUAUUAACCACUGUUAAUUUCCUCAGUAGUAAACUAUCUUUACAGCCAUGUUGGCAAACAUAGCUCUGCGAAGUGCUUUAAGGUCGAGCGGCGCUCUGUGCUCCGCUCGUUCACUGAAACCCUGGACAUGCAGCUCGGCGCUGCUGUCAGGACCCAGAGUCAGCUGUGUUGUAGGAAGCUUUGCUGCUCAACCUCCAGCGAGACAUUACGCUCGGGCUCCCAAGAAAAAGAAGACAGUCUCUGUGAGCCAGCUCAGUGAUCUUCCUCCUACAAUGCUGAAGAUGGACUACACAGCUGUACCCCUCGCUCAAACGACCGAUGAUCUCGUCAAAAGACUACUUUCAUUGGAGUUAGCGAGUCACAGUGAAAAGCUCAAAAUAAAAAAGGAACAGCUGAUUGCAAAAGUCCAGAGGGAUGAGAAUGACCGUAGCUCAGUGGAAGUUAAGGUGGCUGUUUUGACCGCAAGAAUCCGUAACUAUCAGGAGCACUUGCUGAAACAUCACAAUGACAAAGCUAACAAAAGGCGGAUGUUAAUGGCCAUUGACCAAAGGAAGAAGAUGUUGAAAAACCUUCGAUUGGUACACUAUGAUUCCUUUGAGAAAGUGUGCCAGCAGCUGGGCAUCACAUACACGUUCCCUCCCGAUUACUACAGACGGGCCACUCGCCGCUGGAUAGCCAAGAAGGCCUUCUGCAUUAAGGUCUUCAAAGAAGUACAGAAGCAGAAAGCAGAGCUGAAGAUGAAGCCAAGUGCAGCAUCAACAGACGCAACGACAACAAACACAAGAGCUGCUGAGUCCCAAUAAAAGACAUUACACUGUAUAUUACAAUAACUGAUCCUCACUUUUACAAACUCAUUUGACCUCGUUCAUGUGUUCCCAUCUUUAAAAUAUUGUUUUGCUUUCACUUUCUGGUCCAUGUCAGAAUUAAGUGGAAAUAAAAUGUCACAGAAAGUUGA